GCAACCCUUCGUUAAUUAACCACAGCUAACAUUGUAACGUGUAGCAAAGAUGCUCAUUUGUGUCUUUGCGAACGCCGUUAAGCGUAGAGCGGCAUAAUUUCUGUCCAGGUGUUUUUGAAAUUAGAAUAUUGUUUGAAAGUUAAAUGCCAAAAUUAGAGCACGCUAAAUGAAUGAUUAAAGACGAAAACAGCCGCAGUGAUCUAGAGAUAGUGUAAAUUGAGACGCAUAUUAAAGGACGAAAAUUGCACGCAUUAUUAUUAAAAAUGGCGCCAACAAAGAAUACCCGUGCAGUUUCUAAACAAGCUGUAACGACAACUAUGAACUCAUUGUUACCUCAGCCACGGAAAACACUUAAUAGGCGAGGCACAAUCAAUGUCCAGGAUCAAAAUGUUGAUGUUAUCCAGACGCGCGGCAAACGUAAAGCCGAACAUAGUCCGGCUAAAAAUGAAAAAGUUAAGCGAUCAGCGCUUGGUAAUCUCACAAACAACGUAAAAUUAACAACAAUGACGACGAGUAAAAUGCAUACUGAAGAAAAUUUGAAGCCAAACCAAAAUUUGACAAAGAGAAAGGAAACGCACAUAAUUGGGACACAUGCGCAAGUGCUUAAAGAAACGCAAAACAUUAUCGGAAAUGUGGACAUGGGUGAACGUAAUAUUUCGCAAAAGAAAAUGGCAACCAGGGCGAGUACGCGAAAUGCUACCAUUUCCAAAUCAACGAUUGCCAAAUUUCUGGUAGAUAAUUAUGCAAAGCCUAAACCGAAGAUUGAACCUAUACCAUCACCGCCAACACUAAGAUUGCCUGUUUUGGCGCCACCCUCUCCAGUAUUAGCCACAGUGCCAAUAAAACCAUCUCUGCCCAAUAAGCCAGUACGAAGAAUUUCCAAUGAAUUCAAUAAAACUGAAGAAAGUUUGUACAUGUCGGCACUGGAAGAUAUUUCUAGUUCCGAGUCAAUUCGCUUAUCUGGUAAUUUCGAAGCUGCAAAGCGACGUUCGGCAUUACUAUUACAAGAGAAGAAGAAAAUUGAAGGUACGCCUGAUAAAGAAAUUGGUGAUAAACCACCGCCUACAUCGGUGCCGGAAGGCGUUGAAGAUUUUGACAAGGCUAACUGGAAUGAUAUCUUUCAAGUAUCUCACUAUGCCAUGGAUAUAUUUAAUUAUAUGAAAUCACGGGAGGAAGAGUUUCCUAUUACAGAUUAUAUGGAAAAACAAAUACAUUUGACCAAAUGGAUGCGCACAUUAUUAGUUGACUGGAUGGUCGAAGUGCAAGAGACAUUCGAAUUAAAUCAUGAAACACUCUAUUUGGCGGUAAAAAUUGUGGAUCUCUUCUUAUGCCGCGUUAUUAUCAAUAAGGAUGUACUGCAAUUGCUUGGUGCAUCUGCACUUUUUAUCGCAUGCAAAUUCGAUGAACGAACACCGCCCUUAAUUGAAGAUUUUCUUUAUAUAUGUGAUGGCGCGUAUAAACAUAAUGAAUUAAUACGUAUGGAAAUGACGACACUCCGAACUAUAAAUUAUGAUCUUGGCAUACCGUUGUCAUAUCGAUUUUUACGACGUUACGCCCGUUGCGCCAAAGUUUCAAUGCCAACGCUCACAUUAGCACGUUAUAUUUUAGAAUUGUCACUAAUGGAUUAUGCAACUAUUCAAUUUAGCGAUUCAAAACUUGCUUGUGCAGCUUUAUUCAUGGCUUUGCGGUUAGAUGGCGAUACAAACCCCUGGACAUUGACGCUGGAAUACUAUACUGGAUAUUUGUUGACAGAUUUCGCUGAAAUUGUACCCAUUUUAAAUGCUACAUUGCAUCGCAAACCUAAAGUAAAGACAAUACGUAGUAAAUAUUCACAUAAAAUAUUCCAUGAAGUUGCCAAAGUCCCACUACUUACCACUGAAGAACUCUUUGAGAACAUUUUAGACCUAAAUAUUAGUAUAAAACUUGAUGAAUCUAAUAGUUCGUAAAAUAUAUAUUUAGCUAACUUA